UCCAAGAACACACAUCUAUGGCGAGAAGCGUGUUUCUCAUGCUAUUUGCAGUAGUCACCUUGCUUCAGGGGUCCAUGGCACAGACGAGACACGUGGUGGGUGAUUUGGCCGGCUGGACCAUCCCUUCCAGGGGUGCUGCAACCUACAUUGCUUGGGUUUCCGACAAAACCUUCGUCUUAGGGGAUACUCUCAUGUUUAACUUUACCAAUGGCCAUCACGACGUAGCCAAGGUGACGAAAUCAGUUUAUGACACAUGCAACGGUGGAAAUACCCUUUUCACCCUUACCUCCAGUCCAGCGAUCGUGGCACUAAACGAGACAGGGGAACAAUAUUACAUUUGCAGCUUUGGAUCACAUUGUUCCCUUGGCCAGAAAUUGAAAAUUAAUGUUGUUAGCAGAGCUUUUGCCCCACAACCUAGUACGAGUGGUUCUCCACCAGCGGUUAUCAAUGUCACCGACAACAAUAGUAGCGCCACCUCGUCUUCCCCUGUCGCUACCCCUCUUCCUUCAGCCGCCUUUUCUCCCUCAGGGUCUCUCACCCCUCUCCCACAGAACUCUGAAGCUGCAUCUGUCGGACUUGUUGGAGCUUCUGCCACCCUUCUUUCACUUCUCUUGGCUUUCUUCUGUUAGAGAUGUGAGAUUGUAGUUAGGAAUGUUUCGAACACGUUAUUCUUCUCAAUUUUUAUUGUAUUUCGUGAAUUCACUUUUUUUUUUUAAAUUUUUUUAGGGUGACAGUAUAUUUAACUUCCCAUCACAUGUUACAAUUGUUUUUUUUCCUUUCUUGCUUUGUUCGAGAAAAUAUAAAAUAUUUUGUUCUUAUUUAUUUAUCUAACUUUUUUUUUUCUAUCAAG